ACAAUUAUAUUUUCAAAAUUAAAAAACAAAAUGUUUCGUUGCCGCGUGCCCACUGCUUGCUUCACGGUUACUUGGAUUGGUGACAAAAACACAUCAUCGAAAAGUAAUCGAAGAUCGAAGAUCGAAGAAAUCGCAGGAAGAAAUCAGGACACGCUGCUAUCAUGAAACCGCAGGCAUAUAUGCCGUCUAAAACUCCCGUCAAGUUCAGAAUCCCAACUUCCGAGAAUUUAGUUCCAAUUCGUCUGGACAUUGAAAUUGAAGGCCAGAGGUUCAGAGAUGCGUUUACUUGGAACCCCACUGAUCCUGAUGCAGAGGUGGCUGUGUUUGCAAGGAGGACAGUAAAAGAUUUAAAGCUUCCUCCGUCUUUCAUGACACCAAUUGCUCAGUCCAUUCAAUCACAGCUGACCGAAUUUCGAUCAUUUGAAGGGCAAGAUAUGUACACUGGGGAGAAGAUUGUUCUGAUCAAGCUUGAUCUUCGAGUAAACCAUACACUAAUAAAGGAUCAGUUUUUGUGGGAUUUAAACAACUUUGAGAGUGAUCCUGAAGAAUUUGCAAGAACUUUCUGCAAAGAUUUGGUUAUUGAAGACCCUGAAGUUGGACCUGCCAUUGCUGUUGCAAUUAGAGAGCAACUUUAUGAGGUUGCAGUUCAAGGUGUAGCUUCAGCACGGGAAACCCGAAUAAGCAAGAAGGGUCGCAGAGGGGCUGAACAUCUCCCUUCUAGUAAAGCAGGCAGUACUGCAUUGGACGUGAUGAAAUUAUUUGGUAACAAGACCAGUGCCCUUCGGAAGAGAAAGGAGUGGGAUGUUUAUGAACCCAUUGUCGAUCUUCUAUCCAAUGAGGAAGUGGAUGCCCUCGAAGCAAAAGAGGAGAAGAAUGCUAGGUGAAUUGGUGCGGCUGUACAUGUAAGGCAGGAGACUGUAGCUGAGAUGAUGUUUCUUCUUCCAAAGCCUGACUUUCUUGGCCCUCGUUGAAGCUCACGACAGCGAGAGAGUUUGCUGCUGUUGUCUCUGACCCAUGACGGGCAUCAAUAUAGAGGGCAGCAGCCUUUUCUUCUGAACUACUCUCUCCCUUCAGUUUUUGAGGUGAUGCGUCGGCCAUGGGCUCUCUGGCUUCCGCUGCUUUGAAAAAUGUCCUGCUGGAACUGAGAUUGUUAGCAAGCAUUAGAUGACCGUAAAUAAAUAAAAGACAUUAAAUUCCAAAGUCUUCUGUUAAACAUAAACAAAGGUGAGCGCCUUUUCUCCUACUAACAUACAUAUUGGUGUUCUUUUUGUACUACAAACUUAAAUAUAGUAUUUUGAAAAUUUAAAAAUUUUCAUUUCAAAUACAAAUUGGAUACCCAAUAUUGGAUUA